AAACCAGCAGAGGGAAAGCAACUCCCCGUGUCCAUCACUCCACGAAGGCAUCAGCUACCCACCAACACCAGUUACCCACCAACUAGCAGCCCGGAGAGAAACCCCCCAAGAUGGCCCCUAUCUCCAUCAAGACUGUGCUGAUCAGUGAAAGUGUGGACCCUCGCUGCAGGGGCAUCCUGGAGGAAAACGGCAUCCGAGUGACGGAGAAACAGAAUAUGAAGAAGGAUGAGUUACUGGCGGAGAUUAAGGACUACGAUGGCCUUGUGGUUAGAUCUGCAACAAAGGUAACGGCUGAUGUCAUCAAUGCUGCUACUAAUCUCAAAAUCAUUGGGAGAGCUGGAACUGGUGUGGACAAUGUGGAUGUAGACGCUGCAACCAAAAAGGGUAUUAUUGUCAUGAACACACCAAGCGGUAACACGAUCAGUGCCGCCGAGCUGACAUGUGCACUACUGAUGAGCCUCUCAAGAAAUGUGCCUCAAGCUGCAAUGUCCAUGAAACAAGGGAACUGGGAUCGCAAAAAGUUCAUGGGUGCAGAGCUGUACGGCAAAGUACUCGGAAUAGUUGGACUUGGAAGAAUAGGAAAGGAAGUCGCCUCAAGAAUGCAGUCAUUUGGCAUGAGGACGAUCUGCUACGAUCCAAUCACUCCUCCUGAGGUGGCAGCCAGCUGGGGGGUGGAGCCGAUGUCUCUGGAGCAGCUGUGGCCGCAGUGUGAUUAUAUCACUGUCCAUACUCCCCUAAUGCCCUCUACUGUUGGUCUGCUUUGUGAUGAAACAUUUGCUAAAUGCAAGAAAGGAGUGAAGGUUGUGAACUGUGCACGAGGGGGCAUCAUCGACGAGGCUGCUCUCCUCAGAGCUUUGGAGUCCGGGCAGUGUGGAGGAGCAGGGCUUGAUGUCUUUGUUGAGGAGCCUCCUAAGGACCGCUCAUUGGUCAACCAUCCCAAUGUCGUCAGCUGUCCUCACCUGGGAGCCAGUACGAAGGAAGCUCAGGCUCGCUGUGGGGAGGACAUCGCUCUGCAGAUUGUGGACAUGGUGACUGGGAAGAAGCUGGUGGGAGCAGUAAACGCACAGGUUUUGGCCAGCACUUUCUCCCAGGAGUCUCACCAGCUGAUCAAACUCGGAGAAGCUGUCGGAGCUGUGCUGCAGUCGUGCUCUGCUUCUGUGAAGCCGUUUAAACAUGUCCAAAUUACUACUCAAGGGGAUUGCAUGAAGUCCUCCACUGGUUACAUGACUUCAUCAGUACUGGUCGGACUGCUGAACCAAGAAUCCGGCAACUGCCCGAACCUCAUCAACGUACUAAGCCUGGCCAAGGAGUCUGGCAUCAUGGUAAACCAUACCCACUGUGGGUCUGACGGGGCUGCCAGUGAUGUGUGUAAGGUGGAGAUCGAGGCCAACGGCUGCAGCUACAAAGCCAGUGGCUCAGUUCAAGGUGGAGUGCCGGUCGUGCUGGAGCUGGGCGAUAGUGUGUUCAGACAGCCAGUCUCUCUAACUGGAAACCUGCUGUUCUUCAAGGCCUCCGCAAGUCCUCAGCUCCUAUCCUCAGUGGCUGGACUUCUGGCCACAGAGGGAGUGGAGAUUGAGUCCUUCAGUGCUCCCGCAGACCGCACUGGGGAUCUGUGGUAUUGUGUGGGGGUGUCCUCUCUCCUGCGGGACCUCAGUGCCUUGAAGCCUUUGGUUAAGGAGGCUGCACAACUCAGCAUUUAGAUAACAGCAACAAUGCAAUCUGAAAAUCUAAUCAUCUCCAAAGGGUGUCUAAAAUAAUUCAUCCGACUUGGUCUUAGUAUUCACUACUAACAACUUUGUGUAGAAGUUGUACAUUUACUGUACAAAACUUUUUGACAUAGGGGUGUAACAAUACGCAAAUUUGUAUUGAACCGUUCGGUACGAGGCUUUCGGUUCGGUACGCAUCACAAACUGAAAGAUACAUUAAGCUGUCCUGUUACAUUUGAAAAGAAAAUAUACCGUUUAAACUGUGUUUAAUAUAAAGUUCUCAGAGCCACUGUGCUCAACAAGGCAGCCAAGACGCCUGAACAGGCAACCUCUGUCUGCUCUCUUUAGCAGCCAAGCUAGCAGCACAUGUAGUCACUGCACAUACACCCUAAACAAGGGAAUGAAAGCCACUGCGUGGCUAUAACCUCUUGGUCAGUAGCCAACAGCAGCUAAUGUAAUCACAAAGCACACACCCAGAGCAGUGAGCCAUAACUAGUUGUGGGCCGGGUAGAUGAUUUGGCCAGAAAGACUAAGAGGUACAUUAACAACGGCUAUUUUGCUUGUGUUUAUAUGAUUGUGGCAUUUAACAGAGAUGUUUACUCACAUAUUUAUUAGACUGACAGAGCUGAGAGCUUGUGAGAUGUAGCAAACUUGAAAAGUUAAAAAAAAAGAUUUUUUCUUUUUGCGUUUCUACUUUUUUGCUGUAUUGAAAACGUACCGAACCGCAGCUCUACUGUAUCGUAUCGAACCAAACCGUGAAUUUUGCAAACUGUUACACCCCUAUUUUGAUAACAUUCCAAUGUUUAGAUGCUUUACAUGCACUUUGAUUAAGUAAAAAAAUGUGUCAGUGUCAUGCUGAUCAGUUUGUUUGACCUUUUUAAAGUGGAAGUGUAAAAUAAAGUACA